GGAGCGGGCACCCCCCGCGGGAGGGGCGGCGUCGGCGGCCGGAGGAGCCUCGGGAGGCGAGCGGAGCCGUCAUGGCCGAGUUCCCGUCCAAAGUGAGCACCCGGACCAGCAGCCCCGCGCAGGGCGUCGGCGCCUCUGUCUCGGCGCUGCGCCCGGACCUGGGCUUCGUGCGCUCGGUCCUCGGAGGGCUCAUGCUGCUGCAGCUGGUGCUGGGGCUGCUGGUGUGGGCCCUGAUUGCGGACACUCCGUACCACCUGUACCCGGCCUACGGCUGGGUGAUGUUCGUUGCUGUCUUCCUCUGGCUGGUGACAAUCGUCUUCUUCAUCCUCUACCUGUUCCAGCUGCACAUGAAGUUGUACAUGGUACCCUGGCCACUGGUGUUUAUGAUCUUCAACAUCAGCGCCACCGUCCUGUACGUCACGGCCUUCAUCUCUUGCUCCGCGGCGGUCGAGCUGACGUCCCUGAAGGGCACCCGGCCGUAUAACCAGCGUGCAGCAGCCUCUUUCUUUGCCUGUCUGGUGAUGAUCGCCUACGGAGUGAGUGCUUUCUUCAGCUUCCAGGCCUGGCGGGGAAUCGGCAGCAACGCGGCCACCAGUCAGAUGGCAGGCGGCUAUGCCUAAGCCACUAGUGCCAUGGCCCACUGGGGCCGAAGCUGCCACUGGGUUGGACUGCAGGGUGGCCCUGCAAGCCCAGGGCCAGAGUCCUGCGUGGGGUCGGCCGGCAGGGACUGUGCGUGCUCCUCUUUGCUCCUCGGAUGCAAGCUCCCACAAUACUCCUAAGCAUAUGGCCUACGUCGGCUCCCACCUGGGCUGGCAAGAGGCCCCCAGCUGAGGCCUCCUCUCCAUCCCCCUUAUUCAGUGGAAGGUGACGGGGGAUAUGGGCUCUCACCAGCUCCACCUUGUCUUUAGAGAACUUCUCACCAGCACUAAACACACUAACAGAAGACUCUAGGCCCACAGCCCCUGACCUGCCAUAGCAUAGGCCUAAUGAGCAACACGUAUAUCUCAUAGUCUGUCCCAGGAGAGCGAAGCAAGCUCACACAACCGUUCUGAUUCCAGCCCAGCCGCCCACAAGCCCUCGUGCCACCUGUUGGGAGAUGCUUGUGGGAAGAGGGUUCUGAUUUCUGACAGCAUUGUCUUCCUUCCCUGCACUCGAGAAAGACUGGUUAUUUAAAGCGAGUCAGUUUUAAGUGGCUUCUCAGUGAUGAAAAGCCCCUCCAGGUCACCUCCCUUUCCCAAGUCCUUAUCUGUAACAUGCCCUUUGGGGACAUCCGGCACAUGGGACGUGGAGAAGGGAGUGAAGACCUUGGUUGGUGAGUUGUCAUGUGGUUGGUGGUGACUUUGCUGUUUUUCUGUUUUUGUACAAAAAUAAAGAUGGAAAGCUUAUUUGGAAAAGAUGUUGGGAAA